UCAUAGCAGAUUAAGGAAAUAUUUGCUCGACUCGACAUACAUUUCGUGUUAAAGCAGGGUGCGGUUACAAGUACAACUGUUUCAUAAGAGACCCGAUAUUCCGUUUCGUGCUACAAGGUAAUAUUUGUAGCGUACUUCUUUUUCUAAGAUGGCUACUCAAUGUGUGUCAAAAAUAGAGCUCUCCAUCUCGUGCAGCAAUCUCCUCGACAAAGACGUUGGAUCCAAGUCCGACCCACUCUGCGUGCUGCUGCAGAGCAUCGGGGAUGACAAGUGGACCGAGUUGGACCGCACGGAGAAGGUGAAAAACUGCCAGGACCCUGAGUUCUCCAAGAAGCUGCUCGUGGACUACCACUUUGAGAAGGUGCAGAAGUUGAAGCUGGGCGUCUAUGACGUAGACAACAAGUCUGUCAAUCUGAAUGAUGAUGACUUCCUGGGGGGUUUUGAGUGCACACUGGGACAGAUUGUGUCCAGCAAGAAAAUUACCAGACCUCUACAACUGAAGAAGGGGAAGCCUGCAGGCAAAGGCACCAUUACUAUUACUGCUGAGGAGAUAAAGGAUAACAGGGCCAUAGUGCUGGAGGUGGAGGCUAAAGGCCUGGAUAAGAAGGACUUGUUUGGGAAAUCUGAUCCAUUCCUUGAAUUCUUUAAACAAGGAGAUGACGGCAAGUGGCAGCUAGUUCACAGAACUGAGGUUGUGAAGAAUAAUCUGAGUCCGUCAUGGAAGAAAUUCACUGUGGCUUUGCAAACAUUCUGCAACUGUGACAUGAGCAAACCAAUCAAGGUCCACUGCUCUGAUUAUGAUAGUGAUGGUUCGCAUGACCUUAUCGGUGUUUUCCAAACUAAUGUGUCUGAGCUGCAGAAAGCUUCCCAUGGUUCGCCGGUGGAGUUUGACUGUGUCCAUCCAGAGAAGCAGAAGAAGAAGAAGAGUUACAAAAACUCUGGAGUAAUCAGUGUCAAGAGCUGCCAGAUACAGGCACAGUACACAUUCCUGGACUAUGUCAUGGGAGGAUGCCAAAUAAAUUUUACGGUGGGCAUUGAUUUCACUGGGUCAAACGGCGACCCUCGCUCUCCACAGUCCCUGCAUUACCUGAGUCCUGACGGUCUGAACCAGUACCUUUCGGCCACAUGGUCAGUGGGCCUGGUGGUCCAGGACUAUGACACUGACAAACUCUUCCCUGCCUUUGGAUUUGGAGCUCAAGUGCCCCCAGACUUCAAGGUAUCCCAUGAAUUUGCACUGAACUUCAACCCAAGUAAUCCUUACUGUCAAGGGGUACAGGGGAUUGUGGAGGCCUACCGCAUGGCCCUACCUCAGGUGAAGCUCUACGGUCCCACCAACUUCUCCCCCAUCAUCAACCACGUGGCAAGCAUUGCGUCAGGGGCGGCACAGCAGAACAACGCAUCGCAAUAUUUUGUCCUGCUAAUCAUCACCGAUGGCGAGAUCACGGACCUGGACCAGACCCGGGACGCCAUCGUCAAGGCCUCACGGCUGCCCAUGUCCAUCAUCAUCAUCGGGGUGGGCGAAGCAGACUUCAAGGCCAUGGAGCUGCUAGAUGGAGACGACGGUGUACUCAAGUCCCUGAGUGGCGAGCCCGUGGCCAGGGAUAUUGUGCAGUUUGUGCCCCUCAGACAGUUUGCUAAUGCCCCUAAGGAAGCCCUCGCCCAAAGUGUCUUGGCUGAAGUGCCCAAUCAACUUGUGUCCUACUUCAAGAUGCUGAAACUGGAUCCAGUCAACGUUCCUGCCCUCAAAGCUUAGUGGAGCAAGCAGAACUGCAGCACUUAGUAAUCCUAGCCACAUGAGGGAGCCAGCACACCACACAGGGUUAUGAGUAUGCCCACUAUCAGAUGUGAAAAUCCUAUAAUUAUUUCACACUGUCAACGCUCUUUGUGCCUUUUGAUACAACUUAUGACAAUUAUGACCAUUUAAUUUUUAAUUUCUACAGUCAUAGAUAUUUCUCAUUCUUUGCUGCUUCAGAUAUUCUUUCAUUCCUCUGGAAGUGACAAGGAGUUCAAGAAGUGGUUGUUACAAAAUAGUGGAAAAGGAGAGCUUUAAUGCAUUUAAUGAAAUGCAGCUGAUACUUCACUGUAUUUAAUCCUUAUUUUCAAUGCAAUGAAGCUUUCCUCCGUUAUCGAGGUUAGGCAGGGUGAUUCUACAUUAUCAGUGCAAUCACAUUCAUUUUCUAAUUGUGUUUAUUACAUCUUGGUUUUCUGAAGCUGAUAACCAUUAUCACUCCAUCACUCGGUAUUCCACCACUCAAACUUGAAUACUUGUGCAUGGCCUUUUGCACUGCUUAUUAACCUUUUAUGCAAUGUAGUUUUUAAUGAUAGUGUAUGUCACAUUAUGAGAGCUGAUAUUACACACCACCUUGCACUUAAUAUGCUUGGAAAGUAUAUACGUCACAAAUGCCAAAAUGUAAACAUAACUGGAGACAGUCGUUUUUGGAGGCAUGACGCUACAGUAUAGAUAGCAAUAUAGCUAACUAACUCUAAAUCAAUCUAUAAAACUCUAGCUAGUUAACUAACUUUGCUAACUGUGAAACAAAACUGAUAUUGUGGCUCCAGUAAUGUUCACAUUUUGAUGUUUGUGGUGUAUCCACUUUAGAAUGGUUUUCUCAUGCUGGAGAUUAGUUAGAAAAUUAUGCUAAAUCAUUUUUAUCUGCUGCAAUAGAAUGUAUGCUAUGGAUUGCUAAAGUUUUGUACCAAAGAUAAAUAAGACUUGCCUUUAAUUAGAGUAGUGCUGUAGAACUUCUCAUGAAUUGUUUACUACCCCCAUUGAAAACCAUGUAAUUAUUAGGAAAUUGCUAUUGAUCCUGAUGUUGUUAGAUGCUUUCUCCUAUUCUAUUUCCUCCCUAAAACAAUGGAAACUAAAAUGAUAGAUUUGAGAAUGGUAUAUGUAAUGUAUGAUGGUAUGUAUAUGUUUUAUAUGUAUUUACAUUAUAGGGUCGUCCCACAUGAAUUAAAUCAAAAAGUGCCAAUG